GUGCCACUUUCAGGUCUCCUCACACUGCUGGUGUGUUCCAUUUUUUGUCAUAGGGUGCUGGCAGAUUACGGGCCUCCCAUAGCUGCUGCCAGGCCCCUAAUCUGCCAUGGGCCCCUAUACCGCCUCCUCAUGCUGCUGCCAAGUCCAGAGUCUCUCAUGGGUCCCUGUACGGCCUCCCAUUGCUGCUGUCUCCAUCGCCACACUCUGCCAUGUGCCACUUUCAGGUCUCCUCACACUCCUGCUGGUUUCCAUUUUGUCAUAGGUUGCUGUAUGGCCUCCCAUUGCUGCUGCCUCCACCGCCACACUGUGGCUCCAAACACUGGUUUUGGCCCCGUGACUGGCCAAAUGAGUGAAGUGUGCGGUGAUUCUAAGAUCGACGGCACUCAUCUGCAUGUCAUACUGACUGACAGUAUUAUUUCUCUUCCCCAGCAGACUCCAAGGGCAUUUAAAUUAAAGGUACAGUGUUCUGCACUAAUAUUA